GUGGCAUAAUGAAGAGAGAACAAAGUAUUCCCGCAGCUGUUCACACAACAAUUCUGUUGCUGAUCACGAGGAACUAAAGAUUCUCAGCUAUAUAUGUGCAAAUGAAGACUCACAAACGCUCAAUCAUCUGCCAACAUCAGUAUGGAAGUCUACAAGCUGUCUUUUCUCAUCGCUUUGCUGGGGGGAGUUAUCCAACUGACUCUCGCCCAGACCAGGGACUGCUCCGGCACUUGUAUUUCCAAUGUACGAUGCUCGCCGUACUUCAAGGAUCUUGUCUGGACAGUUGUGAAUGGUGCAUGUCGUGUCUAUCAAAAUGGCUGCAUCUUUGGAAACGAGAACUGCUCGAGGGCCAAUCAAUGCCUGCCACCUUUGGUUGCCACCUCUCAGGCGAAGUGCAAGGAGUUUUGCCAGAAACGCUGCCCUCGUGCGGGUGUACAAGUUUGCGGAUGGUUUCCCUAUAGCGACAGCGCCGGUCGAUACAUGUCCUACCCCAAUCGUUGUCUGUUGGAUCAAUAUGCCUGCCAAAAUUCUCAGGCCUAUGUAGGUGAACCAACCCUGGGACCCUGCCCCCUCAACACCAUGGCCAUUUGAUCGAGAAAUCAAGUUAAGGUUCACAAAUUAUUUAGAUAGAAUUCCAAUUCAUUCGUGGUCGCAAGUCAGUUCAUUAAGGUUUAAGUUUCUAUAAUUAUUUGAACAAUUCUUUCCGAUAAUUACAUACCUAUAUAUUUCCUAAA